GUUCGCGUGCUUCUGCCGUUGCCUACAGUCGACUUACGCGAAGCGCUGCCCAUACAAGUUAGACAGGGAGAGCACGAGAGAAAGAGAGUGUGGGAGAGAACUCUCGAGCACUUUCCAAUUGGCAAAACAGUGUGCAUUGCUGAGUAGGGGUGCAAUAAGGUGCCGCAUUAAACUCCAACGAUCAAAUAAAAAGAAAACGAAAAACAACAAUAUGUUGAUUUUGUACGCUAAGUAUGCGCUAUUGCUUGGUUUAUUUGUGGGUCACAAUGAAAAUGAGCGGCUCCAAGAAGACAAGGCACUUCUCAAUGCGGCCGCCUGCUCCAAGCACUGCCUGGAAAACAAUAUUGCAAAGAAUUUUAGAGACUGCUUUGAUUACUGUCAAAAUGCAAACGAUACAACAAAUAUAGCGCUACACAAAGUGCAGGAUAAUUUCCUUUUAAUGCUGGUUUGUCGCACCGAGUCUACGCUCUCAUUUCGCAUUAAUUGGGUGCAACAUGACCGUGAGCAAGUCAAAAAUUCCAGUCAAAAGGACGCCAUGUUUAUGAUUAAGAUACAUGAGAAAAGUAAUCCUGAUACGAAGCGGCUGCAUUAUCUGUCAGAUAACAGCUUCUUCACCAUACCUGACUUGGAGGACAAUACCGAGUACUCGAUAACCGCCCUGUCCAUGGAACUUGAUGGCGGCUAUUCGAAUAUAGCCAACGAUGAGAGCUUUUCCACCUUGCGACGUGGAUAUCAGCCAAGUGCCAUGGGAGAGGUGCUGUUGCGUCGCUAUUACCAAGACCCCACAAAUUGGCAACGAAUUGCCGCCGAUGUUGAAUGGCAGUCAUCGGUGGACCGCAAUUGCCUGUUUGACAUAAUUCACUAUUCCAUGGAUAGCCCCAGUCUAGGAGCUCCUAUGCCGGUGCACUUCCGAGAUCCAAGUCAACCCUAUGUUUACACCGUGUCCAACAUGACGUUUGGCGAGCAGUUCCAGGUUGGCGUGCGCACCGUCAACGACAAGAAUCAUCUAGAGAGUGAGGUGCGUUGGCUUGUGCUCAAUGCACCCAACUGCUUGGAUUGGUAUAACUACAACUACACUAUAUGCGAGCCUCUCAAGCCAAGCAAUUUGACCGUUUUGCAAUCGCAUUUCGAGCGUGAUGUGCUGGCUCUGAAUGUGAGCUGGGAAUUUCCCAAGUAUCUGCCGGACAACUAUACGCUGUAUGUGCUCGAUCUGCACAAGGAUGGCAAUCAGUCGCAAUUUUACGUGGAACGCACGGCGAGUCAUUACUACAUCCCCAAUAUAACCAUACUAGGCAGCAGUUUCGAGGUGCAUCUUAUGGCACACACGAAAGGUGGCAAUAAUGCCACCAUGCGCAUGCUCACCAAGCUGCCGCUGAAACCCUGGAUAAAAGUGAGCACCAUGGUCAAACUGAUGAUCUUUUCACCCAUUUUGUCCAUUUGCUGCAUCUUUGGACUCUUCUCCAUGAGAAGUUGUCGCCACAAUCGGCAUUUGGAGGACGAGGAGUUGAAGACGGCGCCCAAUCAGUCCACUGAUUUUCACCUGACAUUGGCCACGCUUGCUGUAGAGGAUAACUUUGAGCUGGAUGAUGAUCUCGAGGUGGAGCCACAUGCUGUGCUCCUGCAGGAUGUGCUCGGUGAAGGCGCCUUUGGACUGGUGCGACGCGGCGUUUACAAACAGCGUCAGGUGGCCGUCAAGCUACUCAAAGAUCAACCCAAUGAGGAGGAUGUGGAGGCUUUCCGCUGCGAAAUACAAAUGCUCAAGGCUGUGGGACGGCAUCCAAAUAUUGUAGGCAUUGUUGGCUACUCGACCAGGUGUAGCAAACGCAUGAUGCUGCUCAUUGAAUACUGCGGAUUGGGCAGCCUACAGAGUUUCUUGCGCGACGAAUGGAAAUUUCGUCAGGAGCUCUGUUUUCAGAGUAAACGUACAACAUCAGAUAACAAGCCUUUUGAACGGCUGCUGGAGUACGACACACGCAUCGAGGAGAUUAACAGCUCUGUGCUGUCCACAUUGGAGGAGGAAACCGAGUCAGAUCUUUCGACAAUUGAUACUUAUCGUGUUGGAAAGGGUUGCGUUUUUGCUGCCGACAACAAGUCCUAUGGACUACAAGACAUUGAAAACAUUGAUGCCAAUCCACCGGCAGCGCCUCCAAUGAAUCUGAAGCGCACCACUAAGCAGCAACCAAAGCCUUUUAAGAAAUGCAUUGUUAGCUUUGAGAAUCAAGAAUACUUUCAGCCCACGGCAAUGGACUCGCAGUUGACAACUAAGCGGGAACCUUUGAAAUAUGCUGAUCUGCUGGACAUUGCCCAACAGGUGGCUGUUGGAAUGGAUUUUCUGGCGCAAAAUAAGAUUGUGCAUCGAGAUUUGGCAGCGCGUAAUGUCCUCAUCUCACUGGAUCGCACCAUUAAGAUUGCGGAUUUUGGACUCAGUCGUGAUGUGUACCAUGAAAAUGUGUAUCGAAAGUCCGGUGGCAGCGGCAAGCUGCCCAUCAAAUGGCUUGCCUUGGAAUCUCUCACUCAUCAGGUCUACACUAGCCAGAGUGACGUCUGGUCAUUUGGCGUGCUUCUCUAUGAAAUCAUAACGCUGGGCGGCAUGCCGUAUCCCUCAAUAUCGCCCAGAGAUUUGCUGCAACUGUUGCGUCAAGGUGUACGCAUGAAGCGACCCGACGGUUGCUCGGAUGACUUGUUCGCUUUGAUGGAAAGCUGCUGGUGCUCCAUACCCGCUAAUCGGCCCACAUUUUCUGAUCUUAUGCAGCGCCUCGGAGUCAUGCUUUUGGCUACCAAGGAAGUACCACAACGGCUGCUGCAACAACUUAAUUCCCCAGAGCACUGCCAAUUGGAAAAGCAAGCGCCCAAUGAUCCGAACUAUUUACAACCCUUACACUAGCUCGGAUUUAUUCAGGUCUUUUAAUUGUUUACAGUGCAAUACAUUUUAAGUAAAUAGUUGGAUUUGUGAUUAGUCUCCUUUUUUGUAUGUAUUCAGAUCCUUUUUAUUUUAACAAAACCCACUUAACAAAGCUAAAUAGCUUUUAAAUAUUAUAUGUAAGCAUUUA